AUGGAAAGCUCUAAUUCUGGCGAUAACGAAAGUGGACCUGCGGACCUGCGUAGAAAUCAAAUGAACAGAUUGGCACGGGAAGAAGGUUUCUAUCGAUUCGUGAGUAACCUGACUGAAGAAGAUUACAAGCUUAUGAGAGAUAACAACUUACUAGGCACGAUAGGUGAAAGCACAGAAGAAGAGUUGUUGAGACGACUACAACACGUUAAAGACUCAUCUGCAAAAUCAGGUGAAGGAGACCCUUUGGAUGAUUUAUCUACUGGUGAUUCUAUAACAGACCAGUUUAUCUUUUUUGAACAAUAUGAAAAUAUGGCAGAAAGUGGACAAAGAGAAAGUCAUUCUUAUACAGCAACAAAUCAGAGUAAUUCAAACAGUAGUUAUGUCCAUGUAGGGAUGAAUUUUAACCUUAAUAAUGAUACCACAAAUCCACAAAGUGGAUGUUUAUCAUUUGUAAGACUUCUCGAGGGAGAAAAUAUGGAAAAUAUCCAGUGGCAAGUGGAAAAUCCACAAUCUGAUUCAACAUUUGCAAGGCCUUACAGAUCAGAAGGACAUACAACUGAAGCAUUAAUGGAAGUUCCAACUACCAGAGGUCAGAGAAGAGCAAGGAGCAGGAGCCCAGAAACCCAGACAGUCAGAGCAGGAAUUGGAAAUAGUUCACCUCCAAAUUCCCUGAAUGAAAUGUUAUGGACAGCUGAUUAUGUAGAAAACAUUCAGAGUGAAGUUGAAAUUCCACAAUCUGAGUCAACAGAAGGAAGUACAACCGAAGCAUUAAUGGACGUUCCACUUACCAGAGGUCAGAGAAGAGGGAGAAGCAGAAGCCCUGAAACUAGGAGAGUCAGAGAAAGAUCUGAAAGUAACUCACCUCCAAAUCCAGUGAGGGAAUUGAUAUGGAGAUUUAGAGAUAUGCCACCUGAGAUAUUUGAGGAGCUCAUGGUCAGUGAGGUUGAGAUAUUUCCUAGAUUUCAGCAACAUGAGACAGUGAGAGAGCAACUAACCAGACCUGUUUUGCAAAGUAGGAAUCUUUAUGCAGGUUCUCCAACAAGGAAUACCUUUUCAGUAGAACCUUCUUCAUAUAUAACCAGCAAUUAUGAAUCUGGGGGAUUGAGUCCAAGACAUCCUGGUGUAGUUCCUGACCUUCAGAUAACACUUAUUACUGAAACAGAACAUUCACCAAGAGAUCGCACAGCUAAUAGAGGAAGUCAGUUAACAUCUGAGUCACCAAACAACACUGUCACUUUACAAAGUGACCAACAAGAAGGUAGAACCAUGUUUCCACAUUCUGAGGAAGCAAGUGAGACUACCUCUGCUAGAUUACAUGUUAGUACAAUUUCAGAUAUGAAUGUAAAUGAUACAACAUCUGUUGCUACUCAGGGGAUAUUAAGGCAUAUGACAGGAUUUGGUGAAUCAAGUAACCAUAUAGAGAGUGAUAAUGAAAGUAAUGACAGUGACAGUAGUAGUAAUAGUGGUAGUCAUACUAGUGACAGUAGUAGUGAUAGCAACAGUGACAGUGACGAUAGCAAUAAUGAUUUAGAGCCUAAUGACUCUUUCUCAAGUCAAAACAUGGGAGGUGAAGAGUCACAGAAUAGAAGAGAUAGCUCUGAUGACAUUAGCAUUGUUUCUUCAACUUCAAAUCCUAGCUAUAUAUCUCUUUCAGAUUCCCCAAUAAUUUUCAGUUCAAGUGUCAACAACACAAACAGUUCCAGUUCUGGGCCUUUACCCACUUCCAACUCUGCAAAUGACAAUUUAGAAACUGGCUUUGUGAUGACUGAAGAUAGCAUUCAAACAAUUUCAUCAUCAGACUCACCACCAGAGGGCAGGCAAGAAAGCCGAUCUACAACCCCUGCAACAUCUGAUGAAAGUGAUUCUUUGCCAUUUAUAGAUCAAUUUUUUCACUUAAAUGAAGGUGAUCAUAACCAACCUACAGGACUCACGAAACAACAGAUUGACAAUUUGGCAGUAAGUGAUUUUGAUGCAAAUGACGCACCAAAAACCUGUACCAUUUGCGUUGCAGAAUACACAGAAGGCAAUAAGAUUCGCAUACUACCUUGCUCCCAUGAAUAUCAUGUGCACUGCAUCGAUCGCUGGCUGUUUGAGAACUCUACCUGUCCUAUUUGUCGUAGGCAAGUGGCAAAUUCUGGUGACAGAAAAUUCUAG